ACCGAGCAACCUCACGUCCAGAGCCAGGUUGUUGUUGCCAUGAGGACAGCGAAGCAACAGGGGAACCGAGCCGCAGCAACGCGCUUCCUCCGGAGAUUGAAUAUUUCAGAAUGAGAGGAUGAAGCUUUCUUGCUCUGAUAUGUCUGUCUGUUUCUCUCACAUUGCAGGUUUCAUUUGGAUGUAUUUUUGAAGUGGACCUGACAGACCAAAAGAUGUACUCUGCUCUUUGAAUUCUCUUUGCUUGAAUCAACAAUUUAUCCAGAGUCUAUUUCAAACAAACCGACCUUGCAAAUGCACUCUUUUUUAAAAAACAACAAUAUUAUGAAAAUGGAGCUAUCACCAUGACAAGCCCUCCAGACUGAAGAGACGGCAGGCCACCAGAUGUUUGAGGGGAUUGCUGUCCACCAAUGGCUGUGCUGGGGAGCUCUGUACCUGUUAGCAGCGGGGGUGGUAUUAUCAUCUGAAACAAGCCGGCUGUGUCCACAGCCCUGCCGCUGCAACACCGCACUGCUGGAGGUGAACUGCUCUGUUGGCCAAUUUACCACAGUGCCCAAUGGCCUCUCGAAAGACACAAAACUAUUAAACCUGACACAUAAUAAGAUCAAGACUCUGGUGCAACAGCAGUUCCAGACCUUGACACAACUUUUAGACUUAGACCUGAGUGACAAUAUUAUGGUGAUAAUCGAGGUGGAAGCCUUUCUUGGCUUGCAAAGUCUGACAACUCUGCGUCUUGCUCGCAACCGCCUGAAGAUAAUUCCUGUAGGAGUGUUUGCCGGUUUGCCAAAACUGACAUUACUGGACAUAAGCAGCAAUGAGAUCCUUGUUUUUCUAGAUUUUACUUUCCGUGACCUAGCUGCCUUGCAGUUUAUUAAAGCAGCAGGUAAUGACUUUGUUUUCAUCUCUAAUCAAGCUUUCACAGGUUUAACCAGUCUGCAAGAGCUGCACCUCAACGGCUGCAACCUCACUGCUGUGCCAACAGAGGCGCUCACGCAGCUCGGUAACCUGAGAAUUCUUCAUUUUCACCAACUGGGCCUUACCACGCUGCCAAACUACUCUUUCCGUCAUCUAGAGCGUCUCAAAGAACUUGUCAUUUCUCAUUGUCCUUGGCUGGAGACCCUGUCAGGAAACAGCCUCUUUGGCCUAAAUCUUACAUCCCUCACCAUUACACACUCUAAACUCAGUGCUGUCCCAUACAUCCCUUUGCAUCAUCUUGUAUAUCUGGUAUACCUUGACCUUUCUUUUAAUCCAAUCACCUACAUUCAAGGGAGCCUGCUUGGAGACUUGCUCCGGCUCCAAGAGCUCCAUCUGGUGGGGGGAUCAUUGCUGCACAUUGAAAUUGGAGCAUUUAGGGGUUUGACACAUUUCAGAUUGCUGAAUGUGUCUAGAAACCUUCUCACCACACUCGAGAUCGGAGCUUUUCAUUCAGUGGACACCCUAUUAACUCUGGGACUUGAUAACAACCCACUGGCAUGUGACUGCCGUUUGCUGUGGGUGGUACGAAGACAACUAUAUCUGGGCUUUGGUGGAAAUCCACCAACUUGCACUACCUCAGUCCAAUUGCAGGGCUGGAAUUUUCUCGACUUUUCUGAAGCUGAGGUCCCAGGUCUGCUCACAUGUCGGCAGCCACGUAUUCUGAACCGAAAACCUCAAGAAAUGAGAGUAGAUCAAGGACACACGGUGGUGUUUUACUGCAAUGCAGAAGGUGACCCUCAGCCAUCUGUCACUUGGCUGAACCCACUGCGAAAACCUUUAUCACCCAUUGGUAGAAUACGGGCUCUGUCUAAUGGCUCGUUGGAGGUUCGCUAUGCUCAACCUCAAGACAGUGGUACUUAUCUCUGUGUGGCAUCUAAUGCGGCAGGAAAUAACAGCCUUCCUGUCAACCUGCAUGUCCGGGCCUUUCCAUCAUCUUCUAAAAACUCCUUUCGUCUUAAAGGUUGGUUUGCCUUUCCGUCUGCCUCUCCAGGUGUGGAUGACAGUCAGAAACUCCCAUUUGAUGUCAAGACAUUGCUGAUAGCAGCGACCAUUGGGUUCCUCUCAUUUUUCAGCUCUGUGAGCGUGUGCUUCAUUUUCAUGUUCUUCUGGAGUAAGAGCAAAGGACAAAUAAAGCACACAGCCACCAUUGCAUAUGUGCCACGAAGCGCCAUGUCAAGUAAUAAAGGAGGAACAGGCUACAUGGAAACAGGCAGAUUCACCAUGAAACUGAUAUGACCCAAGAAGUAUAAAGCCAAAUGUAAAACUGUCUAGUCAGAAGUAAUUACAUUUUAGAGCAUGUUAACGUGUCUAACAGAACAGACUGUUGAUUAAUCCAUGUAAAUGUGAGCAUGUUAGCUAUAGCCUAUGUUGUAAUAUAAGUAAAUUGUGCUUUUAGCCUUUCUGAACAUUCAGAAGGUUUAAAGUUACAUAUUAGGAUUAUCUAACUAAGAGAUGCACAUCACUUAUUAGCUUUAUUUUUCAUUUAUGAGACAGAGCUGACUAGAACCAAGCCUGAAUGUAAACCAACCAAAGUAAGAAAAAUCGAAUGAGCCUAAUGCAUGCAAUAUGUAGCUAUAUAUACUUGCUGCUUAUAUUGUUGAUGUUUACAUAGAAACAAUUUAAGAAAUAGGCCUGAGAGAAUGCACAGAUAAUUAGUUUGUGGUUUGUCUGGCUGAAUAAUCGUUAUUUGUUGGUUUUGUUCAUUUGGUUUCUUAAGAACAGAUGACAUAUUAGACUCAUUAAUAUUUAUUAUAGGUCUCAAAUAGUAGCCAUAAGAUAAUUAAAGAGAAUGUAAUAUGACUGUUAACCUUAUAUUAAGGUUAAUGUACAUAACACUAGCAUGUGAUUUCUGCCUAAUUUGAUUGUAUAUGUUUUGUCUAAUAUUGUCACAUUACUGCUGUACUCAUGUGUGAAUUCCCUAAUGAAGCUCUUCUUCUUGCUUUAUGAAAGCAGAAUAAAAUAAUAUGAAUGUGCUUUCAAACAUGUCAUUUAUAUAUUUUGCGUACUUAUUCACUGGUUCUUGAUCCAACAAAGAUAAACAAAUAAAUAAAAAAUGACAAACAGUAA